CCAUUUUCCGCUUACUUCGGAGUAUAAAAGAGGGGAAAUAUUUUGAAUUUUUGCCUUUCGGACUUUUUCUGAUUAAGGACACUGUAACCAUGAGGGCAUUUGUACUUCUGAUUUCCGUUGCGCUCUGUAGUGCUGGUUACGACAAACUUGGUCAUUCAGGUGGAUAUUCAGUAGGAAAUCUAGGAGGAGUAUAUCAACCAGGAGGAGUAUAUCCGCCAGGAGGAUUUCAAUAUAAAUAUGGCACGUGCCCAAAUAUUGGCACCAGUGAAGGAGAUUAUGGAAGGAACUGUGUGUAUGAUUAUAAAUGUCCAGGGGUCCAGAAAUGCUGUUACGUAUACUACUCUUUGAGAAGAGUUUGCAUGGUUCCUCAGGAAUAUAGAAAGCCAGGAGCUUGUCCAUACUUUCCUAACAAUGGCGGAGCUGGAUCAUGUAACCAUGACUAUCAUUGCGGUGGUUCUCUAAAAUGCUGUAGAGGAUAUUAUGGAAAUGUGGACACAUGCUCUUUUCCUGUAUACCACGGCCAAAAUUUCCCUGUAGGAGGAGAAGUCGGACCUGUAGGAGGAGUCGGACCUGUAGCAGGAGGAGUCGGGCCUGUCGUCGGAGGAGUAGGACCUGUCGGAGGAAUUGGACCUAUCCUUGGAGACGGUUAUAAGAAAAAGAACGUGUAUUAAAUUUACAAACUUUAUAAAACACAAUGAAAAUAAGUUUGAAGUCUUGUAGAAAAAAAAAACAGUCGAAUAUAAAUGCCAACUUUUUUUAAAUGCUUAUAAAAUUUGCUAAUAUACUAUUGUAUACAUG